AUGUAUGUCAUUAAGGUAAUAAGUCACGCACCUGACGAGGCUUCAACGCUCGAGCUAAUUUAUGAAGCACCGACUCACCUGUGGCGCUCGGACUGGCGUGGGCGAAGGGCUUUAAAAUGGCCCGCGCUGGAUCCUGGCUUCACUCCCCAGCUCUCCUUGCCUCGAGGCGCGCACACUCGUCUCCUAGGACUUCCUACUGAGCGCCAGAGCCUGCCAAGGACUUCCUUCUGGGCGCAGAUCCUUUCUGGGACUUCCUCCUCCUUCUCCGAGAUGAAGGCACUGGUCUUGGGGCUUCUGGUGGCGGUCGGAGCAGUCCUGGUCUCCGCAGCGGGGCCAUCUGGCAUCGCCGGCCAUCACGACUUCCAGCUCCGCACUAACAGCAGCUAUAAGCAACCGCGACAGAUCUACAAGGUGCCAAAAGUUCUUGACUGUGCGAGCAACCCCACUGCCACUGGCGAUAUAACCUUACAGCCCGGAGAGAGCAUCAACGUCGCUUCUCCUAACUUCCCUUCUCUGUACUCGAGCUAUCUGAAUAUGAUAUGGAAGAUCACGGCUCCUGAUGCUACAUCUCUGAACAUCGAGUGCGACAUCCAAGGAAUCAAGGGGAAACGGAGGUGCAGGAAAGGAGACAAGCUCGUUCUCAAAGACGGUUGUACGAGAACAAGGGUAUGCUCCUCUACGCCUGAUACAUAUAGCACAUAUUCCUGUGACAAUUUUGUCACGAUGAUCUUCCGGACUAACAGCGCAGGGGAACUAAAUGGGUUCUGCUGCACAGUGACUGCGCUAGGUGCAAACACGGAAGACCCGGCAACCACCACAGAGGGAAGCAAUCAAACUAACCCACCAGAUACUUGCCCGUGUGGCGUGCCCAACAGAAGCACGAGGAUUGUGGGUGGUGUGGUCACGGAAAUGAACGAGUACCCUUGGCUGGUCGCUCUGUCUACAGCCAAUGAUGGACAAAAUCAUCCCUUCUGUGGCGGAUCUGUCUACAACGAUCUGUGGGUGAUUACAGCUGCCCAUUGCACCCACGGUAGUAGCCCUUCUGAGAUAGAGGUUCUCUACAACAUGUGGGACUGGAAAUCUUCCAGUGCGACGCAGAUCAUCCAAAAGAGUGUUGUUCAAAUUAUCGAGCAUCCCCAGUACAACACUGCCACGCUUGACAACGACAUCGCCCUCAUCCGCGUCUCCUCCCCCGUGGACCUCAGCUUACCUGGAAUCAUGCCCGUAUGCCUCCCAUCCUCCACGGACAGUUUCACUAACCAGAACGCAAUUGUCACUGGUUGGGGAACUUUGUCGUCUGGUGGUGACCAACCCAAUAAGAACCACGAGGUCACAGUGCCCAUCAGAACGCAAUCUGAAUGCAUCGAUUCUUACGGCAGCGAAUUCACAACCAGUACCAUGAUCUGCGCUGGUUUUCCCACGGGAGGCUCCGACUCCUGCCAGGGCGACAGUGGCGGUCCCCUGACAGUCGACGUUGGUGGCCAGCACCAUCUCGCCGGCGUAGUCAGCUGGGGAUAUGGAUGUGCUGAUGCAGGCUACUAUGGCGUCUACACCAACGUACCCAAUUACAUAACCUUUAUUAAGAAUAAUGCUAAUUCUGGGAACUUCUGCUGAGAGGAGCGGCCGGAAUCCAGAUUGAUCUUCAACAGAUGACGACUUAUGCCAACGAGAAGCUAAUUCAAGCACGUCGAUGACUCUGAACACUGGAAUUACUAUCAGCUAAAGCCGAUUUCAUGUACCCUGUCUCCGGUCCGGGAUUCUUGCCAUUUUGACCAGGCCUAUACUACGGCCAAUCCCAGAAAAGGAGAACCUGGCAGCUCAACCCAAACUCUCGAGCCCUCUGAUUCGCUGCGUCGCUUAUUUCUAAGUUUAAUCACCAGACCUUGAACGCUAAUGAUUUCAUAGGUUUAGAUUUUUCAAAUUUAUAUAAAUGUUUUUUAAAAAUUAAUCAAAAUACGAUGCCUUCAAAUAAUUUGGCGAAUCAGGGAAUACGAAAGCCUUGGAUGAGAGAUCAGUCUUCGUUUUCUUGAAAUUAGACUGAGUUUAGGCACAUUUCCUAGGGGACUUCGGGAACCCAGUCUAAAAAGAAUUAUUUGUCCAAAUCGUGCUGCUAUUGCGCAAGUAAUGAUAAUCCAUAGGUUAUGAAUAUCUUAGCAGUUUAUUGUCUUCCUAUGCAGUUAUAGCACCACUUUGAAAACGUUUUGAAGCCUGCUGAGACGCACAAAAGCAAGGGGAAUCGUAAGGGAGCCAAGGGUAAUAGCAAGAGACGAGGUCUGGAUAGGAGUAACUAGGCCAAAGAAACUGUGACGGAGAUCAACGUCCUUGUUUGGAAUGACUUCUGUGCCUUUGUUUGCUGCAAAUAAAAAUGCCCUGCAA